AUGGAGAGACAUGUGCGAAAUGUUCACAACACCGGCGUCGUCAAAUUUCGCUGCGAGCUCUGCAACUUCCGCAUUAUGCGGCCUUACAAGAUGAUGUACGUCGGCGAAAUGCAUGAUAAGAUCUUCGUAUGCAUGGACUGCGGCAAGAGCUACGCGGUGAAGAGAUCUCUCUGGAGGCAUCGGAAAUUCGAGUGCGUGAACUCGAAGCCUAAAUUCAGCUGCGAGGUGUGCCCGUAUAAGAGCCCGCACAAAUGGUGCAUCGACAAGCACAGGAAGAAACAUCACGCUUACCGGAAGAUGUACAUGGGCGAUCAGGUCCUCGGCUACACCUGCACCAUGUGCAGCAAGUUCUACAAGAUGUGGAGCAACUAUCUGAAGCACAAGUGCGAGCCGCCGCAGUUCAAGUGCCCGCUGUGCCCGUUCGCCGCCUUUAAAGCUUUCAUCCUGCACGCCCAUCAGGCCGAGCAGCAUUUUAAGGUCACCUCGCCGAACACAUAA